CACUCACGUUUCUCUUUUUUCCUGUCUGGCUGGAAAGAUGGCGUCCCGCAAGGAAGGCACCGGCUCUGCUGCCACUUCUUCCAGCUCCACCACCGGCCCGGCGGGGAAAGGCAAAAGCAAAGGCGGGUCUGGAGAUUCGGCGGUGAAGCAAGUGCAGAUAGAUGGCUUGGUGGUAUUAAAAAUAAUAAAACAUUAUCAAGAAGAAGGACAAGGAACUGAAGUGGUUCAAGGAGUGCUUUUGGGCUUGGUUGUAGAAGAUCGUCUUGAAAUUACCAACUGCUUUCCUUUCCCGCAGCACACAGAAGAUGAUGCUGACUUUGAUGAAGUCCAAUAUCAAAUGGAAAUGAUGCGCAGCCUUCGCCAUGUCAACAUCGAUCACCUCCACGUGGGUUGGUACCAGUCCACGUACUAUGGCUCGUUCGUCACCCGAGCACUCCUGGAUUCUCAGUUCAGUUACCAGCAUGCCAUUGAAGAAUCUGUCGUUCUCAUUUACGAUCCCAUAAAAACUGCCCAAGGGUCUCUCUCGCUGAAAGCAUACAGACUGACUCCUAAACUGAUGGAAGUUUGUAAAGAGAAGGAUUUUUCUCCUGAAGCAUUGAAAAAGGGAAAUAUCACCUUUGAGCACAUGUUUGAAGAAGUGCCGAUUGUAAUUAAAAAUUCACAUCUGAUCAACGUCCUAAUGUGGGAGCUUGAGAAGAAGUCAGCUGUAGCAGAUAAACAUGAAUUGCUCAGUCUUGCUAGUAGCAACCAUUUGGGGAAGAAUCUACAGUUGCUGAUGGACAGAGUGGAUGAAAUGAGCCAAGAUAUAGUUAAAUAUAACACGUACAUGAGGAACACGAGUAAACAGCAGCAGCAGAAACAUCAGUAUCAGCAGCGUCGCCAGCAGGAGAAUAUGCAGCGCCAGAGUCGAGGAGAACCCCCACUACCUGAGGAGGAUCUGUCCAAACUUUUCAAACCUCCUCAGCCUCCUGCCAGGAUGGAUUCUCUGCUCAUUGCAGAUUAAACGGAUUCGACCAGAAGCUACAUGGGAGCCCAGACCUCCAGGCUCCGUCGUCUUUGCUGCUCCGUGUGAGGUGCCACAUUUCAACAUGCAGUCCAAUGCUGCUUGUCCGGACCCCUGACCUAGCAGCCCUGGUACCUACUGGGAAUUCUUUACUUCGUUGCUCCCAAAUUAGUGCCCUGGAAGCCCAGGCACCCUCAUACCUAGGCCUGGAAUCGCACGGCAUGCUUCUUGUCGGUCUGCCUUUUCGUUUCCACCGGUGAAUGUCAACCAGUCCCCAUGCUCGUAGGUCAUUAAUCAGGCACUAGAAUUUUUUUUAAAAAAUUUCAUCAAGAAAGCCAUCCAUAUUUUGUAUGAAAAUGAAAUUCAUUCUGUGUCUAUUUUUUUAUUUAGGACUUCUUACUUAUCUUUUCCAUACAAUGAAAUACAAUUCUGCUGACAUUAUGUUUCAUAAGUGGGGAAAGAAGAAUUGGAAGAACAGUACUACAUUGAGGAGAGAAAAAAACUUUUUAAUUUCAUAUUUGAAAGACAGUCAAGGGGCUCCUGGGUGGCUCAGUUGGUUAACCGUCUGCCUUUGGCUCAGGUCUUGAUCCCGGGGUCCUGGGAUCGAGCCCUGUGUCUGUCUCCCUGCUUAGCGGGGAGUCUGCUUUUCCGUCUCCCUCUGUCUCUCCCCCUGCUUGUGUUCUCUGUCUUGCUGUCUCAAUUAAAUAAAAUCUUAAAAAAAAAAAAAAAAAGAUAAUCAAAAGUCCUGCUAUUUGUAACACCAAAGUCAGUGAGAUCUACAGCUGUGGAUUGUGCCUGUGAGACUUCUAUUUCGUGACUUUCACCUUGAAGACAUGGCCCAUAGGAAGAUCAGAAAGAAUGGGUAAGGGGUAAGGAGAGUUGAGAAAUCCUUUUUCUCCCCCCUCCGCCCCCCACAACAUUGUUUUGGAGGUACCACUGGGGCUCUGGGAUCAGGCAGCUGGAUUGAAACCUGACUCUUUUCCUUCUAGGGUAUCCUUAAACUAGUUGCUUAACCUCCCUCUGCUUCACUUACCUCAUCCAAAUGAGAUGAGGAAAGGGGACAAGUGUAAUACCCUAUAGGGUGGGUGUGAGUGUUGAAGUUUAUUGAAGAGUGGGGUAAAGCACCUAGAAUAGUGGUUGGUAUGUAGCAGAUGCUCAGUACUUACCUGAUGAGCGCUACACUAAGUUCUUAUUCAGGAUAUUAGGUUGUUAGCAGGGUUUUGCUUUUAAAAAGCUAUGGCCUUUGACCAUUCUAGAAUUCAGGUACUUGCUCACAUGAAUUAAUUUUUCUAGGAUAAACUCCUAGAAAUGGACUUAGUGGUCAAAGAGUAUAUAAAGUUCUAAGGCUUUUUACCUGUAUUGCCAAAUUGCCUUCAAGAAAGGUUAUACUGAGGGCGCCUGGGUGGCUCAGAUGGUUAAGCGUCUGCCUUCGGCUCAGGUCAUGAUCUCAGGGUCCUGGGAUCGAGUGCCGCAUCGGGCUCCCUGCUCCUUAGGAGCCUGCUUCUCUCUCUGCCUUUCUCUCUCGCUCGCUCAUGAAUAAAAAAAAAAAUCUUUCCAAAAAAAAAAAGGUUAUACUGAUUUGCAGUCCCACCCAUGGGGCUUGCUUAUUUGAGUCCACACACAUUUGA